CAUCCCGGAAGUAGUUCGAGGGUCCGGGCCGGAGGAGCGGAAAACGAGGGGAAGAUGCCUCUCCCGGUGCAAGUGUUCAACCUGCAGGAAUGGAUAAAGAACUCACACAGUCAGGACAGAAUGAGACCUAGCCCAAGUCCGAGCUUGUCUUCUUUGUCAGGGACAGGUCCCUCCAUGCAGGGGGCUUCUGGAGAAUGGACCCCGAGCGCCGGCCAGCCCAGCUGCACACUGAUGUUGGAGGGGGCUGUAGAGCCUAUGCAGAUUGAUGCUGACCCCCAGGAUGACCAGCAGAACGUCCCAGACAUCAAUUACGUGGUGGAAAACCCUACCCUGGAUCUUGAACAAUAUGCUUCUAGCUACAGCGGCCUCAUGCGCAUUGAGAGGCUACAGUUUAUUGCAGACCGGUGCCCUCAGCUACGAGUUGAAGCGCUGAAAAUGGCUCUGUCGUUUGUGCAGCGAACUUUUAAUGUUGAUGUGUAUGAGGAAAUCCAUCGGAAGUUGACAGAAGCAUCCAGGGAAUUGCAAAAUGCACCGGACGCUUUGCCUGAGGGCUCCCUGGACCCCCCUCCACUGGACACGGCCUGGGUGGAGGCAACACGCAAAAAAGCACUUCUAAAACUGGAAAAAUUGGACACUGAUCUCAAGAAUUACAAAGGGAAUUCCAUUAAAGAAAGCAUCAGGAGGGGCCAUGAUGAUCUGGGGGAUCAUUAUCUGGAUUGUGGAGACCUGAGCAAUGCACUGAAAUGCUAUUCCCGUGCUAGAGACUACUGCACCAGUGCUAAACAUGUCAUCAACAUGUGCCUGAAUGUCAUCAAGGUCAGUGUGUAUCUCCAGAAUUGGUCUCAUGUUCUCAGUUAUGUCAGUAAAGCAGAAUCCACUCCUGAAAUCGCUGAGCAACGAGGAGAAAGAGACAGUCAGACUCAGGCUGUGCUAACCAAACUGAAAUGUGCUGCAGGGUUGGCAGAACUUGCCGCUCGAAAAUACAAGCAAGCCGCAAAAUGCUUUCUCCUGGCAUCAUUCGAUCACUGUGAUUUUCCUGAGCUUCUUUCCUCUAAUAAUGUGGCAGUGUAUGGGGGGCUUUGUGCCCUGGCCACUUUUGAUCGGCAGGAGCUUCAAAGGAAUGUCAUCUCAAGCAGUUCAUUCAAGCUGUUUCUGGAGCUGGAGCCUCAAGUCCGUGAUAUCAUCUUCAAAUUCUAUGAGUCCAAGUACGCAUCCUGUCUAAAGAUGCUGGAUGAAAUGAAGGAUAACCUCCUUCUGGACAUGUAUCUUGCCCCUCACGUUCGGACCCUGUACACUCAGAUUCGGAACCGUGCCCUUAUACAGUAUUUCAGUCCAUAUGUAUCAGCGGACAUGUAUAAAAUGGCGAUCGCAUUUAACACAACUGUGUCGGCGCUUGAGGAUGAACUGACUCAACUCAUCCUCGAAGGAUUAAUAAACGCUCGCAUUGACUCUCAUAGCAAGAUCUUAUAUGCGCGAGACGUUGACCAGCGCAGCACCACAUUUGAGAAGUCAUUACAGAUGGGGAGAGAGUUUCAGAGAAGAGCUAAAGCAAUGAUCUUACGAGCUGCUGUCCUGCGUAACCAGAUCCAUGUCAAGUCACCUCCCAGGGAAGGAAGCCAAGGAGAACUGACACCAGCUAACAGUCAGUCCCGACUCAGCACCAACAUGUGACCACACUGCUCUUCUGCACUCCCGGCCCUGUCAUCUGCACAGAACUACGCAGGGCGAUCAGAUAAUACUGCAGAGACAUUAACCACCUGCUUACGUUACCUUCCCAUAGGCCGCUGUGUUUUUUGUGAGAGCUUGACAGGAGCUGCAUGGUUUGUCUCAGUCUAUUGGACAUGAUCGCCUUGCUCUCUCCGGUGGAAUUAGAGGAGUAGUGAUGUAACGCUGAAUCUAUAUCUGGAUGGUUUCCAGGUAGUGGCUGCACAGGGGCAGAACAGAAAAGUAAUUGUGAUGUAGUUGGCGGGGUACAGUCACAAGAUCAUCUUCCUUUGAAUGUUACCAAGUGCAUUCAGCAGCUUACGUGUUACCAUGUUCUCAGGUCCUCGCUCUUCCCCACCUUUCAUUUCCCAGACCCAACUCUUCCCUGGUUCUGAUUCUGCCGAUCUGAACCCGGCCCCAGAGACAUUAACACUGCAGUGACUGCUACCGUCUCACUCUACAGACAAGAUGCUGGCUCUUCCCAUUUUUCCUUUGUGAAGACAGGACAUAUGACUGCAUUAUUAUCCCGUAGGAAAGAAAGAAAGAAAGAAAAAAAAACUCCUGCCUCUUUAAAAAAAAAAAAAAGCAUUGCAAGUUACA